AUGUCCCCCACCGAUUCCCUCCCCACCACACCGCACCUACAACCCAACCUCCCAAAACCCCAGGACAUACUAGUCCCAUACCUAAUCACCGAGAUUGAAGAAUACCUCGCCGAGGCCAUGGAACGCCUCAACGCUAAAUCCAAAACGGAGCGCCUCAAAUCUAGAUUCAAAAAACUGUGGUGGAUCAUGACACCCAUCACUAUCUUCAAAUCUACCAACGAAAACAGCCUCCGCCCCCACUCCUACCUCUGGUACAAAGUCCGCGACCGCUGGCAACAAUGGGCCACGAAUCCCUAUAAUCUACAUCCCAUCUGGCACCUGUUCAUCAUGAUUCUGCUCCUGUUCUGGAUAGUGGGCAGUUCGCUCCUUUCGUGGUUUGAGGCUGGGGCUGAUACGGGAACGGUGGCGGUUGCGAGGCUUUGUAGGGGGUUCUUGGGGAGUGUGCCGCCGAUGAUCCAGUUUCUUUUGUUCCUGUAUCCGCCGCUUUUCGUGCAGUUUUAG